AGCGGCGGCGGCAGCAGCAGCAGCAGCAUCUUCCUCCCUCUCCUCUCCUCUUUCUUUUCUUCCCUUCCGCUCCUUUCUCCAUCUUUUCCUUCUUCUUCUCCUUCUUCCCCUGCCCCGUCUCCCGCUCCUCUCUUCUCCGGGGGGCAUUAGGUCCUCGGGGCCGUGAGCGGUGGCAGCGGCGACCGCGGGUGCAUCCAGUACCAGCGCGCAGACUUUAUUGAUCUGACCCAAGGUAUCCUGUGACUGCUGGCUGGAAUUAAGAUUCUUCAGUUUGUUGUCUCUAACCGAGGAAACAUUCAUUGGGAACCACUCAUUCAGAAAAUUAAAAGAAAGAAGCCAGAACCUAUUAUUAACCCUUUGAGAACACAACAUAACAAACUACCGUUUUACUGCUUCCCUGAAUAGAGGAGAGAGGUCACAGGGUGUUGAAGAAUGGCAGAUGAUCGGAAAGAUGAUGCAAAGGCACCUCACUGGACCCCAGCUCAGCUAACGGAGGCUUCUGGACACCCACAUCCACCUGAGAUUAAGGAUCAAGGCGGGGCAGGGGAAGGACUUGUCAGAAGCGCCAAUGGGUUUCCAUACAGGGAGGAUGAAGAGGUCACCUUCGGAGAGAAUGGGUCACAGAGCGCUUACUCAAAUACCAAAGAGAAUGGGAUCAACGGAGAGCUUACCUCAGCUGACAGAGAAACAGCAGAGGAGGUGUCUGCAAGGAUAGUUCAAGUAGUCACGGCUGAGGCUGUAGCGGUCCUGAAAGGUGAACAAGAGAAAGAAGCGCAGCAUAAAGAUCAGCCCGCAGCUCUACCUUUAGCAGCUGAAGAGACAGCUAAUCUGCCUCCUUCUCCACCCCCAUCACCAGCCUCAGAGAAGACUGUCACCGUGGAGGAAGAAGAAGAAAUGCUAGAGGGUCCAAUGGCUGAGGAAGAGAAACCUGCCACUCUUCCCAGGAAAGAGUGUGGGCCUGCCAAGGUCUCAGACCAACCCAAGGGCCUCAGGGAGGGCCAAGUGGACUCUAGUAUGGAGACCCAAGUAGUUCCCGAAGAGAGUGCCGCAGCAGGGGCCCCACAGGAGAAAAGUGCAAAAGAGGUCACGGAGGUGUCUCCAGAAAUAAAAACCCCUUCCUCUGCCAGGGAAGGUUUACUUACAGCCGCGAAGAUGGAGUUCCAUGAUCAACAGGAAUUGACUCCCUCUUUAGCUGAGCCAUUAGACAAGAAGGAGAAGGAGUCAGAGAAACAGAGUAAGCCUGGUGAAGACCUUAAACAUGCUGCCUUAGUUUCUCAGCCCGAGACAACUAAAACGUCCCCGGAUAACAACGACAGACAAGGCUCAGGAGAAGGAAGAGCACCUCUCACUCUGUUCGGACACACUCUUGGUGGCGGCCUAGAUGACUCAAAACAGAAGACAGAACCAGGCCUGGUGGCACCUGGUAUCAGCCUCCUUGCAGGAACCCCCACUCCAAAAGAACAAAAGGACUGGUUCAUCGAAAUGCCAAUGGAAACAAAAAAAGAUGAGUGGGGUUUAGCUGCUCCAAUAUCUCCUGGCCCCCUAACACCCAUGAAGAAAAAAGAUGUAUUUGAGGAUAUCCCCAAAUGGGAAGGGAGACAGUUUGAUUCCCCCAUGCCAAGUCCUUUUCAGGGUGGAAGCUUCACUCUCCCGGUAGAUGUCAUGAAGAACGACAUCAUUGCAGAAGCCUCACCUCUUGCCCCUGCCCUGUUACAGCCAGAUGACAAAAAGUCUGUGGAGGAAACCAGUGGCCCAGUGACUGACAAGGACAUUUCUAAAGUUGAAGAGCCCCAUGUGGAUAAACCUAACAAAAUGGCAGAAACACCAGCCUCAGAGGCAGUCAGCUCACCCAAAGAUGCCCCCACUGCUGUUGUGGAAGAACGUGUCUCUGAGAAAGUUUUAGGAGAAGAAAAGGGGGCAACAAAGCAAGAAAGUGUGCAGAAAAGAGAGACAUCUGCCCUAGGUGGACAGGGAUCUUCAAUUACUGAAAAGAAAUCUCAGCUAAAGCUUGAAGAAAAAAUAACCAUUUCUGACAAAGAAACCCUGCUGAAAGAGAGCGAAGUCCCCAAAUUGACAGAUAAAGAGACAGGCGUGAUUCAGCUUUCCCCAGAGCACACUCUCUCACAGGAAGAAUGGAAAGGCCAACAGGCUACCACAAAUGCACUAAAACAGGAGUUGUUCCCUGAAUGUUUGGAGCAAGCAAUUACAAGUUCAGCCAUGACUCCUAAAACACCGGAGAAAGUUGUGCAUGAACCCGCUGUGCUAAGUGAAAGGAAUGCUAUUGAAGACCUGUUUGAAGAAAAAGGUGCUGACAAAGACAAUAAGGUUGAAGGAGUUGGGGCUGCAACAUUAGCUGAGCUUGACAUGCCAUUUUAUGAAGAUAAGUCAGGAAUGUCCAAGUACUUUGAAACAUCUGCCUUGAAAGAAGAAGUGACAAAAAACAUCCAGCCAGGCAGUGAUUACUAUGAACUGAGUGACACAAGAGAAAGUGCCCAAGAGUCUUUUGAUACCAUAUCUCCCAUGUAUAAAAAUGGUGACAAGGGGCUUCAGGCAGGUAAAGAAUCGCAGCCCAGUCCAGCACCAGAAGCAGGGUAUAGCACUCUUGCAAAGAGUUACCCACCUGAUUUACCUGAGGAACCUAGCUCUCCUCAAGAAAGAAUGUUCACUAUUGAUCCAAAAGUGUAUGGGGAGAAAAGAGAUCUCCACAGUAAGAAUAAGGAUGAUCUGACACUAAGCAGGAGUUUAGGACUUGGUGGUAGGUCUGCAAUAGAACAAAGAAGCAUGUCAAUCAAUUUGCCCAUGUCUUGCCUGGAUUCCAUAGCUCUUGGAUUUAACUUUGGUCGGGGACAUGAUCUUUCUCCUCUGGCUUCUGAUAUUCUAACCAACACUAGUGGAAGUAUGGAUGAAGGGGAUGAUUACCUUCCGGCCACUACACCUGCCCUGGAGAAAGCCCCUUGCUUCCCAAUGGAAAACAAAGAGGAAGAAGAACAGAUAGAGGGAGAAAAAGCUGCUGGAGAGGGAAGUACUCAAGCUGAGACAUUGUGUGAAUCGCCAUUCCUAGCCAAAGAUUAUUACAAAAAUGGUACCGUCAUGGCCCCCGACCUGCCUGAAAUGCUAGAUCUGGCAGGCACGAGAUCAAGACUAGCUUCCGUGAGUGCAGAUGCUGAGGUUGUCAGGAGGAAAUCUGUGCCAUCAGAGACUGUCAUUGAGGGGGGUAGUACUGCCUUGCCCCCUGUUACUGAUGAAAACCACGUCAUUGUUAAAACAGAUAGUCAGCUCGAAGACCUGGGCUACUGUGUGUUCAAUAAAUACACGGUCCCACUCCCAUCCCCUGUUCAAGACAGUGAGAAUUUAUCAGGAGACAGUGGUUCCUUUUAUGAGGGCAGUGAUGAUAAAGUACGAAGAGAUUUGGCCACAGACCUCUCAUUGAUUGAAGUGAAAUUGGCAGCAGCUGGAAGAGUCAAAGAUGAGUACAGUGCUGAGAAAGACGCACCCUCGCAUUCAGCGCUGGGUAGGGAGUUUGAUCAGGAGAGGAAAGCGAAUGACAAGCUGGAUACUGUACUAGAAAAGAGUGAAGAACAUGCUGAUUCAAAAGAACAUGCCAAGGAAACAGAAGGGGCUGGUGUUAAAGUUGAACCAUUUGGAUUAGGUGUAAGCUACGAGCAUGCUUUGGCCAAAGAACUGACAGUAUCAAAAAAUGCAUCGCCUAUCAUGGCCGAGAAAGCAGAGAAAGGUCUCAGUUCAGUGCCAGAGGUAGCUGAAGUAGAACACACCAAAAAAGCUGAAUCAGAACUGGAUUUUGCUGCAAAGAAAGCUGACCAGGGUCAACUAGAUAUUAAAAUCAGUGAGUUUGGACAAAUGGCCUCGGGGCUAAAUGUAGACGCUGGAAAGGCAAAAGAGCUUCCAUUCGAGGCUACACCCAUGGUGCCUCAGGAGGCAGAUGUGUUUAUGAUUGUUGAGCCGGGCCACUUGAAAGAGGGCACCAAAGCUGGUGAGACAGAAGUCAAGGAGAAGGUGGCCAAGCCUGACUUGGUACACCAGGAGGCUGUAGACAAAGAAGAAUCCUACGAGUCCAGUGGUGAGCAUGAAAGUCUGACCAUGGAAUCCUUGAAGCCUGAUGAGGGCAGGAAGGAAACAUCCCCAGAAUCUUCCCUAAUUCAGGACGAGAUAGCCUUCAAAUUGUCAGUGGAAAUACCUUGUGCAUCUGCUGUUUCAGAGGCUGAUUUAGCCUCAGAGGAGAGAGCGGAUGUCCAGUUGGAAUUUAUGCAGGCACACAAAGAAGAAAGCAAGGAGACCCCAGGUAUAUCUAUCACGCCCUCUGAUGUUACAGAGCCAUUGCCUGAAGCUGUUGGGGCUGAACCAGCAGAAGCUCAGAGUGAGGAAGAAGAGAUAGAAGCCCGGGGAGAAUAUGAUAAACUGCUUUUUCGCUCAGACACCCUUCAGAUUAGUGACCUGGGUGUCCCAGGUGUCAGGGAGGAAUUUGUGGAGACCUGCCCAGGGGAACACAAAGGGGUGAUUGAGUCUGUUGUGACCAUUGAGGAUGAUUUCAUCACAGUGGUGCAAACCACAACCGACGAAGGGGAGUCGGGUUCCCACAGCGUGCGUUUUGCAGCCCUAGAGCAGCCUGAGGUGGAGAGGAGACCGUCGCCUCACGCCGAAGAAGAGCUCGAACUAGAAGAGGCAGCUGAAGCCCAGGCAGAACCCAAGGAUGGCUCCCCAGAGGCUCCAGCUUCCCCUGAGAGAGAAGAGGUGGCACUCUCAGAAUAUAAGACAGAAACCUAUGACGAUUACAAAGACGAGACCACCAUUGACGACUCCAUCAUGGAUGCUGACAGUCUCUGGGUGGACACUCAAGAUGAUGAUAGAAGCAUCAUGACAGAACAGUUAGAAACUAUUCCUAAAGAGGAGAAAGCUGAAAAGGAAGCUCGGAGAUCAUCUCUCGAGAAACAUAGAAAAGAAAAGCCUUUUAAAACCGGGAGAGGCAGAAUUUCCACUCCUGAAAGAAAAAUAGCUAAAAAGGAACCUAGCACAGUCUCCAGAGAUGAAGUGAGAAGGAAAAAAGCAGUUUAUAAGAAGGCUGAACUUGCUAAAAAAACAGAAGUUCAGGCCCACUCUCCCUCCAGGAAAUUCAUUUUAAAACCUGCUAUCAAAUAUACUAGACCAACUCAUCUCUCCUGUGUUAAGCGGAAAACGACAGCAGCAGGUGGUGAGUCAUAUCAGGUUCCCAGUGUAUUUAAACAGGCAAAGGACAAAGUCUCUAAUUCUACCUUGUCAAAGAUUCCUGCCUUUCAGGGUAACACAAAAUCCCCAAGAUGCAGCUCAGCCUGCCCUAGUCCGACUAAAAGGACUACAUUUUCUGACAGUUUUUUAACACAGCCCACCUCAGCGGGCUCCACAGACCGUUUGCCAUACUCAGAAUCAGGGAACAAGGACGGAGUCACCAAGAGCCCCGAGAAGCGCUCUUCUCUGCCGAGACCCUCCUCCAUUCUUCCGCCUCGCAGAGCUGUGUCAGGGGACAGAGACGAGAAUUCCUUCUCUCUCAACAGUUCCAUCUCCUCCUCAGCACGGCGGACCACUAGGUCAGAGCCAAUUCGCAGAGCAGGAAAAAGUGGCACUUCAACACCCACUACCCCUGGAUCAACCGCCAUCACUCCGGGCACCCCACCAAGCUACUCUUCUCGCACACCAGGCACUCCUGGAACCCCUAGCUACCCCAGGACCCCUCACACACCAGGAACCCCCAAAUCUGCAAUCUUGGUGCCCGGUGAGAAGAAAGUCGCCAUCAUACGUACUCCUCCAAAAUCUCCCGCUACUCCGAAGCAGCUUCGGCUUAUUAACCAACCACUGCCAGACCUGAAGAAUGUCAAAUCCAAAAUUGGAUCAACAGACAACAUCAAAUACCAGCCUAAAGGGGGGCAGGUUAGGAUUUUAAACAAGAAGAUCGAUUUUAGCAAGGUUCAGUCCAGAUGUGGUUCCAAGGAUAACAUCAAACAUUCUGCCGGGGGCGGAAAUGUACAGAUUGUUACUAAGAAGAUAGACCUAAGCCAUGUGACAUCCAAAUGUGGCUCUCUGAAGAACAUCCGCCACAGGCCAGGUGGUGGGCGUGUGAAAAUUGAGAGUGUAAAACUGGAUUUUAAAGAAAAGGCCCAAGCUAAAGUUGGUUCACUUGAUAAUGCUCACCAUGUCCCUGGAGGUGGUAAUGUCAAGAUUGACAGCCAAAAGUUGAACUUCAGAGAGCAUGCUAAGGCCCGUGUGGACCACGGGGCUGAGAUCAUCACGCAGUCCCCAGGCAGAUCCAGCGUGGCAUCCCCCCGACGACUUAGCAACGUCUCCUCUUCUGGAAGCAUCAACCUGCUCGAAUCCCCUCAGCUUGCCACUUUGGCCGAGGAUGUCACUGCUGCACUGGCUAAGCAGGGCUUGUGAAUAUUUCUCAUUUAGCAUUGAAGUAAUAAUAUUUAGGCAUGAGCUCUUGGCAGGAGUGGGCUCUGAGCAGGUGUUAUGUUUAUUCUUUACCAACCAUAAAAUAAAUAAUGUCCUUCCCAAACUCUAUUAAUUGUUACAAUUUUAUAAAAAAAAUGAAUAGCAUAUGCAGAAAUUGAUUUCCAUUUACAACAGGAAUACACUGGCUUUACAUGAGUACAAUUGGACAAUUAUUUUUGCUCUGCUCUGUUUUGCAUGGAGUAUUAUUAUUUGGAAAAUUGCAUUUUUACCUUUCAUGUGCCUGAAGGCUAUCCACUACAUUCUGAAAGGCCUUGUUAAAAUCCAAGCUGCUCAUUUCACUAUUCUGUUGCUGGGUGAAAAGAUAAAAGCUGCCCAUUGUAACUUAUUACAGAUUAAAAUAAAUCAAGGAGUCUGAUGGCAGGAAGGGAAGAGCAUGUAAGAAAUAAGUUUUUUUUAAAGUGUUAUUUUGUAUAAAUGGGAAGAAAGAUUCAAUUAAGUUAUUAACAUUUGGGACCUGGAUAAUUAUAUCAGAGUAUAAGUCAAUUCAAUAAAUUAUUUAACUAAUUAAAAAAUAGUAACGAAGCAUUUGCGCUGUGGUUGAGGAAGUGGUGUAAAAGUGCUCCGGCGCUUUCAUUAGGAUGGACUUGUGUCUGAUUAGGAUGUCAGUUGAUCUGCUAGAUUUGUGUCCACACUACCAGUUUCACACCCCCUUUCCAUCUGUUUGAUACAGUAUUAUAGAUAUAAAUAUAUAUAUAUAUUUCUCUGUGGCCAUUUGUGAUACUUCCUCAUAUACUUGAAUAUUAUACUUCCUUAUUCACAGUAUCUGUGUCUCCUGCACCCUUUGGUGUUGCAAUUUUAGGUAUGUGAAAGUAGAUGUUAGCAGGGUUCUUUCCCUACUUAAAAAAAAUACAUUAAAAAAGACAAAAAGUUUUAGCAUGAAAGUUGCUUUCUGUAACAACUCAAAGCUGUAACCCUGUUUUAGUGCCAGAUAUAAGUCUCUCCCAUGAUGCUAGAAAAAUUUAUUUUUCUUUGCUUUCACCAACAUGGAGUUUGUGGGGGUGGGACCAGUUAUACAUAAAAGGGUUUACAGAUUGUUGUUAAGAUUAUGGAUUUAAAUUAUUUUGAAUCAUGGAAUAGUUUGGGUUUUAUUUCUGUAAUCAUCCAUGAAAGACUUACUAAGAUUUCUCUUUCUUUUUUUUUUUUUUCAUUUGCUAAAGUUGAAACUAACAGAGUUUGGGACAUGUUAUCCCAUUCUUCCGAACAGUACCUGCUUAUUAAAUUAUCUGAUAGAAAAUAUUGGGCUUCCUUCCCCAAGGUAAAGAUCCCUUGAUCAGAAAAGAAAAAUACAGUAUUUUGAGAAGCCAAUGUCAAAAUCAUUUUAUAUCAGUAGGUAAUACUGUUUUGACUUUAUAUACAGUGAAUAAAUCCCAAAUCAGUUCAUUAAAUCCCCUCACAAAUCAUUCAUCUUAGACUCUUAAAGAAACAGUGAAUUAGUUAAUGGCCUGAAUAAGGCAAUGCAUUACCAGGCUAAGUGGACACUUUUUAGUAUUUAUUCUUUUUCUUGCUCAGGGCUGGUAAGUUGGAUUUGAACAGUUACAGGCAAAUAAUUUGAUUCCUUUGAGCCAAAUCAAUUCCUGAAUAUAAAGGAAGAAAUGAUGAGCAUGGAUGAGGCAAAAAGGGAUAGUAGCAUCUAAGAAAGAAUCCAAAUGUUGCAAUGACAGAGAGACAUGGAUGACAUUUUGUGACUCGUUGAAUAUUGAAACCGAUGUACCUUCCACAAAAGAAACUCUAGGAGCCAAUGCGCACCAUUCAUUCUCAACUAAGAGGUUUAACAUAGGCAAACAUGCCUGAAAUUAUUUAUAAAAAUUAUUUAUUGUACACAGCAGUCAAAAAGAUACUACUGAUUAGGACUGGGGUUGUGUUUAUUUUUUGCCUAAUAAUUGCUGUGAGGCUUGAUUUGACCUAUUUGGGCAUUUUUUUCAUCAGCUUCUCUUGAAAUGCACCAGAAAAAUAGGAGAAGAAAGAAUGGUUAUGUGCAGACUUAUGGUAUUUCUUACAUAUUUGAUAGUGUUAGGUAGCAUUUGAGGUUCUAGAGAAAGAAGUUAACAACUGGUUAGAACAGUUUUAGCAAGUGAAGUAUUGUUUUUCAAAAUGGUUUAAGUUUUUUAUAAUAGUCAAGAAUAAGUAAACAUGCUCUGUAUAUUGAAAGUUUGUUUCUUAACUGAAGCCCAGUCUAAAAAUCAUCGCGUUACCUGGGUCACCUGCUCACUUGCGCUGAUUGGCCAGGCUUGAGGCACAUGUCCAACUCUAUUGCAGGUAAUUGACCUACAUGAAUGAAUCAUGGAGAAGAAAUGUUCCCUUCAAAGUAAAGGGAACAAUACAUGCCCAAAAUAAAGAUGAUAUAAAGCAUGAUGUUACUAGAUUUGGCAUUAAAACAAAUAUUUAUUUCAAAUCACAGCAAAGUUAUAAUGAAUAAAUGCUCUUUCUUUGUAUGGAAAUGUGAUUCUCUAUAAAGUUAACAACAACAAUAACAAAAACAAAACAGUGAUAAUUUGUACCAGGAGAAGAGGGAAACACAGAGGAUAAAUGUCUUCUUAUGGGGAUAAGUGGUGGAGCCCAUCUUGCCUUCACUCUCAAGACUAACAACACAAAUUAAGCUUUUUGAACACCACUCCUGUGGGGACAUCCAUACGCUGAUCUAGAAAUUAAAGCUUCAUAGUUAUAAUUCUAGAUCUAUUAAUGCCAGUUUCUCUCUGGCUUUAGCCUUUGAGAACCUGUUUAUGAAUACAUAAGUAAUCCAGAGCUAUGAAGAGUUAAAAGGCCAACUUCUUCAAUGAACUCACUCUCUCUGGGUCACCUGCAACCAAGAAUUGGAUACCUUACAAUGAUGCAGGAAAGAUCCGAGUUUAUGAUGAGUUUCAAAGGCCAUGUUCGCUUAGGAACCAACUCUCUCUGGAUUCUCCUGCUGAUUACCAGCAGGAUGAUGGGCUGAAAUCCCACCCACAAGCAAGACGCCUGUGUAACACCAGCUACAUAUGGCUGAAGAAGGCGAAAGAGAGAACUGUUAAAUGGAAGGCUGUACUGAUGGUAGCUGGCCUUCUCCAGAUGCUCACAGAGAAAUACAACAGGAAAUGGGAAUCAUCUACCAAAUAUAACAUCAUGUCAGUAUUAUUAAGGAAAUAAUCUCAAUGUGGCUGAUUCUGACAUAGGUACAAUUAUAGUUUUUCUCAUGUUUUUCAUGCUACAAAAAGGUGGUAAAUAAAGUAUUUAUGGUCUUAGUAGCCAAAAACAAAAACAAAACACCUAGAUUCAUGGCUUGGAAAGGCAAAUUCUAGGCAUUCCUUCAAAACUAGGUAUGCUUAAAUCAACAUGGAUGUUUGUUUUUUUAGGCCUAGGAAUUUUAGCCUCCUUGUGUAGGUUGAGGCCAAGUCCCUCUGCAGGAAAAAGGUUAUUUUUAAACUUGAAAAAAUGUCAAUCAUUAAAAUCUACUUCAACUUUAGCAAAAAGAAAAAAAAUCAACAAAAAAGUAUACUCUGUAUGCUGGGAUUCCAAGGUUCCAACACUCCACUACAAAUCUGUGGGGGGGUUCUUUCUUCUGAUAAUUCUAGAGCCUGUUACCAUAGAAAGGCAUUUCUUCAAUGGCUGGUUGUAGUUAGUUCAUGUUUUUCAAUCCAAAUUUGCAAAUGUAUUUGUUGCUGUAUAGUGAUUGUUUUGCAAAAUAAAAUUGCUUGUCAUCUGA